AACAUGUAAAUGGUAACUGGCAGAAUUAAGCUAAAAAAAUGGACAGCUUUCAACGUCUAUGUGGCAGUGAAUUGCCAUGUGCUGUAAUCUUUUGUUCUGGAGCGUCCCUCAAAAGUGAAAAGGAUACUGUUAUCACAGAGCUCUGAAACAACAGGUCUGUCUCUUUGCAUAAGGAAUGCAUAUUGGAAAGGGCAGAUCCACACCCCCCCCACCGACUGUCUCUCUACACACACCCAUACACACACUCACACACACAAACACCCUCGAUCUCCCCAGUGACUCUGCAGGAUAGGGCUGUACAUGACCUCAGCCAGCCUGUGCUGUAUGUAUGGGGACAGUCAGCCGGAUUGCAUGCUGGGGCUGGUGCAAGGCUGAGAGGCGCAGCUGCUGCUUGCCAUUAAGAGGGCUUGUGCUGUGCUGAAGGCAGGCAGAGGAGUGUCCUGUGGUGGGACAGUCCAGUCGUGCAGGAAGAUAAUCCUCGACCCCGCCGUGUUUACUGUAAGCCGCCUGGCCGUCCGCUCCGCUUGCUUUGUAAGCCGGCGGCAGCAUGAGGAUGAAGGAGCUGUCUCUGCGGCAGGACCCGGACCUGAGGAAGGAACUGGCUCUGCUGGCCCGUGGCUGCGACUUCGUCCUGCCUUCACGUUUCAAGAAGAGGCUGAAAGCCUUCCAGCAAGGACAGGCUCAGGUUAAGAAAGAAGAGGUCGUUACGCCAGCGUUAAGCGAAAGCAUUCCAAAGUUCUACUUCCCUCGGGGACGGCCCAAAGCCAAUAUCAACAUUGACAAUCUCAUUUCCAAGAUAGAGAAAAUAUUUUCUCAAUUCCCUGAUGAAAGAGUGACUAUUGAGGACAUGGGGAAGGUUGCCAAGGCUUGUGAGUGUCCUCUCUAUUGGAAGGCUCCAUUGUUCUACGCUGCUGGGGGAGACAGGAGGGGAUAUGUGUCCGUGCACAAGUUUGUGGCAAUGUGGAGAAAAGUGCUGCAGACCUGCCACGAUGAUGCGUCCAAAUUUCUUCACCUUCUGGCCAAGCCCGGCUGCCCUUAUUUGGAGCAAGAGGACUUUAUUCCAUUCCUGCAGGAUGUGGUGGACUCGCAUACAGGGCUUGCUUUUCUAAAGGAGGCAUCGGACUUUCACUCACGCUACAUUACCACGGUCAUUCAGAGAAUAUUUUAUAAUGUAAACCGAUCGUGGACAGGAAAAAUAACAUGUUCAGAACUCAGGAAAAGCAGUUUCCUUCAGAAUUUGGCCCUUCUGGAAGAGGAAGAUGAUGUUAACCAGCUGACGGAGUACUUCUCGUAUGAACAUUUCUAUGUCAUCUACUGUAAAUUCUGGGAGCUGGACACUGACCAUGAUCUAUACAUAGAUCAGAGGGACUUGGCACGGCACAAUGAUCAAGCAAUCUCUCAAAGAAUGAUCGAGAGAAUAUUCUCAGGAACUGUUACAAGAGACAGGAAGGUCCAUAAAGAGGGCAGAUUAAGUUACGCUGACUUUGUGUGGUUCCUCAUCUCAGAGGAAGACAAAAAGGCUGAGACCAGCAUAGAGUACUGGUUCCGGUGUAUGGACUUAGAUGGCGAUGGUGUCCUGUCCAUGUAUGAGCUGCAGUACUUCUAUCAAGAACAGUGUCAGAAGCUAGAGACUAUGGCCAUUGAACCCCUUCCCUUUGAGGAUUGCCUCUGCCAAAUGCUGGACUUGGUCAGGCCAGAAGUCCCAGGAAAAAUCACCCUCCGGGAUUUGAAGAGAUGCAAGCUAGCUCAUAUAUUCUUUGACACUUUUUUCAAUAUUGAGAAAUAUCUGGAUCAUGAACAGAAGGAUCCCUUUAUGCUUGCAAAGGAUGCUGAGACUUUGGGGCAGGAGAUUUCGGACUGGGAGAGAUAUGCUGCAGAAGAGUACGACAUUUUGGUGGCUGAGGAAACCGCCAACGAGCAGUACAAUGAUGGCUAUGAAAACGCCUUGGACCCGAUUAACCACCACAUGUCCAGCGAGUUUGACCUGCGCAGUGAGAAGAGGCAUUUGUUUGAGAUUCCUAAUCCUCACUGUAACCUGGACCUGGAUGAGUAUGAGUAUGUGGAUGAUUUUGAAUGAAAGCCACCGUCGCACUGCAAAGAUCAAAACUGUCCAGAGAAAAGCCACCCCCGGCAGAGCACAGCAACACAGGCCGACUGCACUAAAACCUCGCCAGUAGCCAGCAUCUAGACAGGAUGUCAGCAGAGCACCUGCAGAAGCUCUCAAGUUGACGCCUGUGCUCUAACUGGCCAAGAGCGUGUUCCAGGGUUUUAAGAUAUGAUAGCGGCAAUAUCCUGGUCAAAUACAUUUAGAGAGGAAAGGCUGUGCUAGUCCAGCAGCUCAGUCGAAUAGAAUCACCUCCACAAACCCUGACUGCUAAUACAGCUAUAUAUAUGCAUGAUGGGCACUAAAUACGCACCAGGCCUGGCAAGUAACUGCACAGGAACCUAACGCCUGGUCUUUGAGGUACACUUGAAAUACUGAAUGUGCACUACACAUAUAACAUUAACAUUUUAAUUGGCCAAUAUAACAUUCCAGAGAUUAACCAAAGUAAUUUAAGCUUGAUUUCAUGGACAGUGUAUUUAUAAAUGAGCUGUGUUUAGGUGCCUAAAAUGCCUCAUACCCUCACAGGACCUUCUAGGGAAAGAACCGUUUUAAAAAUAAUGAACCUGUCAGCCUCUAACCUUUUCUGCUCCACAGAUGUGAAAGCUAUUUUAAAUUAUAGACAGUAUUUAUAAAUAGUUGUAUAUAUUUUUGUGCUUGCUGUGUUUUGUUCAGUGUUACGUUUACUUCAGCUAAAUGUUUUAAUCGUGUUCAUGUUUUCUGUUUUUUUGUUUUUCUAUAAAAGUACUUUAAACAAGGUACUUUGGGGAAAAUGGAAAAAUUAACCCUUUUUAUGAGUUCGAAUAAAGUAAGUCCAUUCA